AUGCCGGAGGGUCAGUUCCUUUCUUCUCAGUUCACUUCCGUCUUUCCCAUGCAACACCUCCUUGGGGGCUCUUAUCUCCCAUACUCUUUUCCACGAAACGCUGCUUUAUCUCGUCUGCAUUUGACUUUGUGUUUCAGAACGAACCUCGUCACUGCAGAUUGUAGGCAAUGUUGUGUGGUUCUAUGGACAGUUUGUAGCACAUGUGAACAAGUCUCUUCUUGAGCAACAGCGCGUUAUUCGAAAGGAAAUGAAGGUAAGAAGUCUGUGUGAGUUCUUUAUUUAUUGUUGGCUGAAUUUACAGUUACUUUCCGACCUGACAUUCGUGAACUCUGUUUUCGCAGGAUUUCGUUGCGAUUAUGCGAUGGGGCGAUUACGUAGGAUUUUGGUCCAUGAAGGAGAAAGUUGACCGUUGUAAGAAGACCAUUCAUAAACACGUGAGUUGCCAUUUUCGUAAUUCUUCCCUCCGAUGUCUCCUAACGUUGUUUGGAAGAUUCUGCUACUCACACUGAAAUGGGUGCACACCGACCUGUUUGACUUCCUUGGAGCAAACACGCAUGUACAUCUGGUGGGGGAGGGGCUGCGAACAGGCAUUAUCUGUGGACCAUGCCAACAAGUCUGUUCCCUAUCGCAGUUAUUGGUGGGAGGUAUGGCUGACUGACGAGAACAUGAAAUAGCUCGCAAUAAUUCUGGGAUCUACAGUGCGCGACCGAUCUCAUGAAAUGUUGGUUGAAAUUCCGUAAUGCCUUUUCGAUUAGAAUGAAUUACUUAAGCGCGGUUGUAAUACUGAUUAUCUUGCGACAUGAUCCUAUAAUAUUUCGGACUCGGUAGGAUGUUAGCUUUUGACUGCACUGCUUUUCCAUCGCCUGCCAAAACCGUACUCGGUAAAAAGUGGCUACUUAUGUUGCAUGCAUUUUUCACGCUGAUUUUCGAUGGUCUCGCAAAUUCAAAUAUAUUUUAUAGAAAGCACGAACAAAAAGAUGCCUUCUUGCAGUCGUUUGAUAGCGAAUCACGUCAUCUUUAUUUUUUAUCCCUAUUUUUUUCAUCUUUAUUUUUUAUGCUCGAGGAAGGCUUAUAAGUAGGUUUUAGAAUUUUUGCUAAUUCCCGAAUAAUUUGGAGCCUGUUUAGCCGUCACAUUCGCGCCUAGGGAUUUCAGUCUACAAAGUGCAUGAGUUCCGCUUAAAGAAAAUCACAUAUUCUUCUAUGCCUAUAAAAAGAUCCCUAUAGAGUCCAUAAAAUUUUGCAAUGGAUGCGGACCAUGUUGUACAUUUCACGAGGAGCAGGGAUAAACGGAGAGGUACAAUGCUGUAUGAAUGGACAUUGCACGGUCUUAAAAAUCUCAUUAUUAGAAACUUUUUUUAAAGCUAAUUAUACUCCUUCUUCGAGUAUAAAAAAUAAAGAUGACGUGAUUCGCUAUCAAACGACUGCAAGAAGGCAUCUUUUUGUUCGUGCUUUCUAUAAAAUAUAUUUGAAUUUGAGAGACCACCGAAAAUCAGCGUGAAAAAUGCAUGCAACAUAAGUAGCCACUUUUUACCGAGUACGGUUUUUACAGGCGAUGGAAAAGCAGUGCAGUCAAAAGCUAACAUCCUACCGAGUUCGAAAUAUUAUAGGAUCAUGUCGCAAGAUAAUCAGUAUUACAACCGCGCUUAAGUAAUUCAUUCUAAUCGAAAAGGCAUUUCGGCAUUUCAGCCAACAUUUCAUGAGAUCGGUCACGCACCGUAUAUAGGACUACCACAUACAAAAAUAGGAGCGGCUGAAAUGACGAUUCCUGGCUUAGUCUCUGCUGUCAGUCAACGAUAUUUCAACCCCAGGUCGGAAGCGCUGAAUUUUGUGCCCGGAUUCUGUCGGUCGCAGUGUUAGAUGUUCCCUUCAUGGAACAUGCUUGCUCAUGCUUUGUUGAUUGCCCUCGAGACAAUUAAAAGUCCUGGGGAAAGGAGUGACAUUUACCGCCCCCAGCUCGGUUGCUGCGUGGAACAUUAGCACCUUGGGUUGCCUUUUAGGCGAUGAUUAGUUAAUAAGUUAGAAUUUUUUGUAAACACGAGGGUAAGUCGGACUGACCACUUGUUCCAUCAAGCCAUAGCCUCAAAUAAAGAAGUUUGCGAGUGCAAACUCAGUCAGACCUAGCUUAUUCAUUCCACCGCAAUUCUGCUAGUCUCUUGGAAGGAAUUUCAUAUAGAUCUCCGCAUCACUUCGCACUGUCUUUUUUCGAGCACGCGAAAGCGCAAUGACUCCCGCUCUCUGUACCUUCACAUUCAGCACAAUAAAGAACAUUAGCUAUAUAGUCAUAAAACUACCUCCAAGUUUACGAUUUGAGUAUGGUUUUAGAGGUUUCAUUCUGUGAAGUUCGAAUCUUAACUCCGAAGACCGUGAUCUUACGUACGAACGGUGCCUUUCAAAGCGGACAUUUCCGUCCGUCUAAGAGGGUUUAAUUCGCACCGGUCUAUCCGGGGAGUGGUGGGCAAAUAGGCAAUCACUGAACCCGCAAAUAAAGAUUAUGCAAACCGAAUAGGAAACUUAGAUCAACACGUUUGCGGCAUAUCGUGUUUGCUGUUUUGCUCUUCCCGAAUGGGCAUGAUCCUUUGUUUCAGCAAGUAUUGGAGUGUGGGAUGCCAUUUUCAGUUAGCUUGGAGUCACCACGAUAUCAACGUACGUUCGAUGACCAAGGAAACCUAAAAGGAAGUUGUUAAUUGUGGUAUUGCUGUCCGUAGUUAAUAUUAUCUACUAUAUCUUCCUCCGGAUGGGAAAUCCGCUUUGGGUUGUUUUAUUCCAGACAAUUAUAAAUUUACGAUAUUGUCAAAGAUGCAUACGAAGAAGCCGCACUGACUCAUUCGACUCCAAUUUCAGUCAAGUUAGUGAACUCUAGACGGUGUUGCUACUAAGUAACCUAAGUUCUUAAAACCAACCAAGCUCGUCUGUCGGCUUAACAAAUCCAUUUUACCUCCCUCCGUGUUUCCGAUAUCUUGUUGUCCUAGCCGAUUUGCUCUCUCGCUUUUACGUGCAUUUGUUUUAUAUUAGGUGGCCUCCUGGGAGGCUGUUCUACGUCAAUCGGUUAAACCCUUUUUCGAGUCCGCGAUCACCGUCAACAUCGAUUCACCCCUCUCUCCUUCUCUGGCUGAAACCCUCAAUCUGGCCCUCAAUGCCAGACCUAUCUCAUCUGUCUUUCCUCCAUCUCUGUUGGCACAGUGGUUAUCACAGCACCAGCGUCUUUUACCAACUUCCUCCCUCCCCAACAAUGUUAGGUAGGUUGCCUUUGAUUGGUUGUUUCCCCGAAACCAGGUGGUAUUUGACUCUGACACGUUCUUCUAUCUGACUUUGUAGGCGCCUGCCAAAACUGGUCUCCAGGUUGUCAGAACACGCGGCGCACGUGGCAACAGACGCGCCCUGCCUCUCCUGGAUCAACCAGCUGCGGGACUGUCUGGACGACUGGAGCUCCCGUGUUCGUGAGCUUUCGCGAGCCACCCAACAACUUGAUGCUGACUCACCCCCUCACAAACAUCUGGCCGUCCUAUUAAAGGGCCUUCAAGAACCUACUGCUCAACAGGCUAUUGCUGAGGCCUCCAAGCUUUCGUCUGAGGAUAUAGCCAAAGCAAAGGAAUGGCGCAGCAGGUACGCUGCUCUUCAGCAAAACAAGAAGUUGGCUCUCGUGGAAUGGUUCCGCCUUUGUUCUGGUCGUCGUAGUCUAAGUUCAGGCGUUAGUGAGUAAGUGCAUCUCACCCGUCUUCCUUCAAAAACUCCUUUUUGCUUAAUUUCCCCCACUAACACCAAUGUUCUUCCGUACCUCUUUUUGGGUAGGAUGACUUCAUUAGAGCCCGACGACGUGGUGAGCGAGGAUUUACUUCUAAAUAUGUUUACCGAGGAGGGCGAGGAAGGCCUCUCUGCAGCGGUGCUCAACAAAGUUGAUAACGUAGAUGUGUGCCUCGGACUGUCUUACAGGCGCGGCCUUCGCCAGAGUCUCUUCGAACAGCCGCGUAGAACACUGUUCGCACGGCUGAGCGAUCACCUUUGGAAAACGCAACCUCACUGCGACACAGCAGACAAGGAGUCAAACGAUCACAGCAAUCUGUAAGUCGGCGCAUAACGGCCGCCGUUUCUCUCUUAUGUUUCGAAUUCCUAACUGCCUGGCCAUAGGCUCUGGCACCUUUUCUGCCUGUCUUUAUGCCUGAGCAUGCACACGAUUAUCUUUUUGUGUCAGCCAGUCGUCAGCUGCCCAAUGUCUCGGUCGACUGCUGGCUAUUCGCUCAGCACUGCCCCGUCACCCGGAGAGCCCCGAUGUCGCCCGUGAUCUGGGCGGCCGUGACGGUGUGGAACGCCUCCUUGGUUGCCUAGAUGAUCUCGUUCUGCGGUGUUUUGAUGCACUCGAUCCGUUGGGACGACUGGAGGACACUUUUCAGGCACUGCAAACUCGUCUUUUGGAACUCGACACCCUUCGACGACAAUCGCUGGUCGAUGGUGACGCGACUACGGCCGACGUCCAACCCUGUUCAAUGCAGGCGCUGCGUUAUCUGAAGGUACUUCGUUGCCCCUUAGCCAUCCAAACGCCAACGUGUGUAGUGCUCCGCCCUACUGGUCGAAUAAGUCAUUUUUGGCCUUUUAAUGAAAUGUAGGCAUACCAGAACUAAUUGUUCGGACUCCUCAGAGUCGGACGUUGUGUAUCGAUGAAUUUUUUGCGCAGGCUUUCCUUUAGGGGUAGGGUAGAAACGUGUGUGCGACUCCCAAAGCCGCAUUUUAUACUGAAUUCCAGAUUUGAUUUAAAUGCAAUUUCUCGUGUUUUUAAGCAUCACCUAUAUUGGCUUAGGGAAAAUCUUCUUUUUUAAACUGUCUGGGUUUUCGCCCCACAACGAUUUGGUCCUUAUUUCCUUUGCGCACUAUACUAAACUGUCAGGGGGCAUCAAGCUGUUCGCUAGUCUUAUGUCAUAUUUAUGGAAGCGCCGUAUUCAGUGUCCAUUUUUGCUCAGCACCUCCAAGGAGGUAAAAGGAGCCCCUCAGUCGUACAAUUUUUUUACGUGCGCCGUAGCGAACUGUCCUUACUUCGCCAAAAUUUUGCUUGCCUGUAGCUGUAGUAAAGGGGUAUUGUGCAUUUGAAAUCCACUUUUUUUCCCAGAUUUUUGUCAGUCACGAUUCUUGCUACGUUGGCUGAUAGCCAUGGCAGACUAACCAAGAGGACGUGUGAAGAUUCUCUACCUCAUAGACAGUCUUACUUAAAACUUCGCAAUGUCAUUUCACAUAUUAUCACAUCCCUGACCCCACACUUUAUUGGAACUUUUACUAUGACACUCUACACCUGCCCUUUCAAGGCGUCACGUCUGCGUGUUGCUGAACUCGCAUCUGAAUGUGUCGCUCAAUGGACCACAUUUUGGGAGACUUGUUCUGCGCUCCAAUCCACGAGCGAGAGGCCUUCCGACGGCCUGAUCACCCUUCUCGCGGACAACGAGGACAUCCUCCCACCCACUUUGGCGACAGUUCCCCCCGCUCUCCUUACGCCUUCUGCCACCCUUAUGACCUACCGCAGUCGUCUAGAGGACAUUGCUAGUAGGCUGAACCAGCCAUUACCGAAGCACUGUCGUCUGAUUACUGCUGAAAUUAAAGCACAACAAGAAAUACUUGCUACUGCCGCAGCAGAUCUCCUCACAUGUUGCCGAGACAUUGGAUCAGACCACACGUUGGGUACCGAGGCCACUCUCCUGACAGGAUUGUCGCGUGUGGCUAAUUCGAUCGCUGAGGAGAUCGCAUCAUCAAGCUGUUUCCUCCAUUCCUCAGAGGUCGGACCAGAUCCGACCCAACCGGCGCUUGAACCGCUUGUCAGUGACUUGAUACGGACAGCGUUGCUGAGUGCUCAAACCCUACACAAUUUGGACAUCGUCGAAGGUGCAGAUGGGCACACCGAUGGCCUGAUUAGUCUCUUCACCAACACCUCUAGCCGUCUUGCCUCAGCUUGCCUGCCUAAACUUCAGCAGACCAAUAGCCAACUCAGGCGACUGAUUGGCCAGGUGUCUACUAGUACUGACACCGCUCUGCCUACUCUUCUCAACUACCUGCACUGUGUUACACCCCUUAUUCAGUCACUGCUUUACCUGGUCAGCAUUCGUUCGAGACAGUGGUGGGCUCUGCUUUAUGCCUGGCUGAGCGUCGGCGAGUACAUGUCCCGAGUGGUGCUGAGGCUGCUCAACGACGGUUUUUGCAAACCGUCUGCCUUCUCAAAAGCUGCUGCAGCAGCCGGAGUCGGCGGUGAAAGUGGCAAGGAGUCGACCGCGGGCGGUGAAGACUCCUCCGCGGAGGGCGGCGAUGGUGGGUGCACAAGUUUGACGGCCCAGGGUGUUGAUGCCUCUGGCGCCAAAGAUGUAAGCGACCAAUUGACAACUCAAGAGCAAAUUGAGGGCACUCAAAACGACACAGAGCCGCCGGUUCCUAACUCCAAACCAGAGGAAUCGAACAGUGCACAGGGCAUCGAGAUGCCGGAUGACUUUGCUGGCGCCUUUGACGACAACGAAGGUGCACUGGAGGGGGAAGAGGAGGAGGGUGAGCGUAAAGAGGAAGACGACCCUGGAUUGGAUGAGAAGAUGGGUAAGGAUCUGAAGUCAGACGACGAACAACUCGACAAGGAAAUGUGGGGUGACGAUGAAGACGUGAAGAGUGACGAAGAACAAGAAGAUUCGGCUGACCGUAAAAACGCAAAGUCGUCCUCAGCUGGCGUCAGAGAUCCGGCAGGCAGAUCGGAACAGUCAAAGUCUACAGCGAAAGAAGAGGGGGAAGCAGCCGAGAACUCGGCGGAUGAAGACCGAGAAGAGCAACAGCAACAGCAGCAGCAGCCCGACAACGGAGAUGAAGCGUCGUCGGAGGCAGAUGAGCAGAAGAAGCAGAAGAAACGGAAAUUAGACGCCGCAAGCGGAUCGGGACAGGAAACGGUUGCUGGGCAAGAGGAGGAUCAGAGUGAAGAGACUGAUGAGGGACGCCCGAACCAGCCAAUGGAUAUUGAUUUGAUGAAAAAGGAUGAGGAACGGCUUGCUCAAGGUGAAGCAGAUCGUUUGAAGGCAGAGGAAGAACGGGAAAACGAGACGGAACCCAACGAUCUGGAUGAUGUCGAAUUUGGUGAGAAUGAGGACUUCCAACCGGAUCCAACUGAAUUCGAUAACUUGGAUGGUAAGUUUUCUGCCGUGUCGAUUAGUUGAUACUGUGAGUAAUUUUCUUACUCGCGCAUGCGACUGACCACCGUCUUUGUGGUUUACCAUUUGUAGAGGCAAAUCGUCCAGAUGAAGAAAUCGAUUUGAGGAACCAAGCGAUGGAUCUUGAUGAAGAAGAAAAAGAAACCGCAAAAGACGGAGAUUUAGAAGUAGAUGAAACAGGUUCGUUAUCUAUUCGGUUACGUGUCGGCUUCCCUACCUUAGCCUGAAUGUGCGCCUAAUCCCGAACCUUCUGCUUGCUAAGGUCCAUUUUGUGAACCUAAUUGGGUGAUUUACCUUCCGAUCGCCGUUUUUUGUUAGCAGAAUAAAUUCGAUGAUGUCCACUAUGUGCCGAGAAGGUGAGUUUCGCGCGUUAUCUCCUCCCUCACCCAACUGGGCUCGUUAUCAAGUUAGAAUUUAGGAUGAAGGGAGGGGGUAUCGGGCACGAUUGCUGACAAAGCUGGACAGCCCGUCCACGCCUAUCACACACUCCCGAUUCUCGUACGAUGGGCCGGGAUUUUCAUAGACACAACAAAAGGAGGACAGCUAGGAUCCGAACUGCGUAGCGGUGUUAGGUGCCACAUUAAGGAGAAAUUACAGUCUGACUCAACAUGCUUGGGGAGGGCCGAGCUAACGCACCCCUCUCUUCCCUCUCCCAGCCACCAGUCCACUGUCCGAGCUGGCCAGCUAGCUAGCUGACGCAGGUGACCGGCGCGGCCUAGGCCUGCGCCCUGGCAUGUCACCACACCCCGCCUCUCCCCCCCCCCCCUGUGUGGCCUUUUUUAUGAGCACGCAGCCUAAUAACGCCUAUCAUACCCUAAUGUGCGCCCUUUGUUCGUCCGGCGUGGUCCGUUAUGGGGGGGGGACAAUUUCUGGCAAGGAUGCACCUGUUUAACAUUGUUCUGGUCGUAUUGUUAUCUGUCUGUCUGACCUAUUGAAAAUACCGUCUACGCUCGUGUCAAAAAUUGUACGCAGCAACACUGUACUGGUAAUGCUCAAAACAACGUGCCAGGACACUCUAAUUUUACCCUUCUUUUCAUUGAUGAGUUUGUUAGGUCGUUCCGUUAAUCAUGAGACCUGAUGCUGAGUCUGCUCUAGUGAACAUAGCUCGCCGACGUUUUUCUUUAACAUAGAAGUAUACAUUAAUAUUGUAUUUGUGCAUCUACAGGCCCUACACACCUUCUAUUACUUAUUUGCGUUUCUUCCUUGAAUAGACGCGGUUGAGGAAGAGAGACCGCAGUCGAUGGUUGAGCUGCCCUCAUACCAACCCAGCGCUGGCGAUCUGAACUCGGGCCACGUGAGUACCCCUCUGAACUUUGGAGCUGCCAUUAUCGCUUCCUUGCGGGUUUACUAAGCCAAUCUGUAGUACCUUGUUGGUUUGGAUUUGUUUAAAUUAGCGUUCACAGACAUUUACCAACAGCAGGUCGGAUUGACGAACGACUCCAUUAAAAGCCUCUGUCCUCAGUUGUUUUUCUUCUUUUCUCAUUAAGUCAGAAUCAAAAACGGCUGUACACCGUACACAUCUUAUGUCCUACUUAAGCUGUCCGUGUUCAUCCGCCUUUCUUGGUUGCUUUCUUCUAGGCGUCAUCAGCCCUAGAUCAGCCGGACAUCCAGGGAGAGGUGAGUUUGAUUUUGGAGAUACAAACCAUCACAAUUCUCCUGUACUCUUUUGUGCAUUCAAGUUUAUGCUGAUUACCUUUCGUGCAUCUACUCAUCUCUCCACAAGAACAGUCCACUCGGGCUUUUUGCUGGUGCUUUCGAAGUUGCAUGAUGUCACUAAAUUGUUAAGCGUUAUUUUUCCUCCAUAUGCCUUUAUGAGAACGAAUGCUUUUAUUAUUAAAUCUGGUCAUUGGUAUCCAGCUCUGCACGCUCAAUCUCUGUUUAGUCGAUGUGGUGGAGAGGAAGCACACGCUAUUACCCUACUUUUGCUAGAAAUAUUUUUAUGCCGGUGCUAUGUCAACAGACCACCAGGAAGAUGGCUUAUCCAGGUUUUCUGUGGCUGUCAGCACCCCAGCAGACCCGUUGACCGUAUUUUACGUGCGGUGAGACUGGAGUGCCAUUUCUGGCUCCUUUGUCGUCAUCAGCCGGCAGGACCCGACUUUCGGGUCCGACUACAAUUGGUUCUGGAGCUAAUUGUUCCAGCAGUUGAACUCCGAACAAGCAGAACCCUCGUGUCAGUCCACCUGUAGGCUGGACGGCGCAUCCACGGUCGGCAGGUAGUGCAACGGUCUUUAGUACUGGCUGGCUAAACAAUAGGUAGCUGUCGGAGCUGUGGAAUAAUCAGUAGCGGUGAUGCUGUCAGGUGUCGACAGGUGCUAAACUGUCAAAUCCGUGACAUAACAAGGUCGGAAGCCAAAACGGUAUUCCAACUCGGUGAUUACUGCCCGCCAUAGAUCAACGCCUCCCCCAUCUCCCUCCCUCGCAACUUCAGAAUCUUAAACGGGUGUGCUAGUGUGGCCCAUGUUGACCGUCUAUCUCUAAAUUCGGGUGCUACAGGAAACCGUGAAGUCACACUUCACAACUACAGUGCUACGAACCAUGAGUUGGCCAGAUUGAGCUAUCGACCCAUUCUUUGUAGCCUUGCGUUAAACGAAUGCUUGGUCUCAUGAGAUUAAAAUCCACCAAUUUAUUCUGACCACAAAAAAGGCAACCUACUUGUCUUUCAGUUUGUCGUAGAGUUCUUGCGGACAAUUGCACGACGAAGUGCAUUGGUAAUCUGUAAGUAUUACUGAAAAGAACCAGGGACGCUAAAAUUACUUUUUCUGGCCCUCUCGUUUAAGUUAAUCACACCUCAUCCCCUGGCCUUGGGACCUAACUUAUUUUUAUCUCCCUCCCCUCAUCAUCGUUGUGAACAGCGAUUUUCCUCUGCCUCAUAGUCUGCUACCCAUUAUUUUCAGUCGCAGUCGUGAUAGGCUUAUUGGUUGGACCACAAAACACCCCGCGUUCCUUGAUGGUUUCCUAGUCUUUCUGGUGGUUGUUGCGUGUCAAAUACCAUGCUUUUGCCCCCUAGAAACUGGUUACGGCCUAGGGUAACCGCGUGUCCCUCUCAAUUAAAUUCUAAGCCUUCCUUCUUUGCGCUCAUCCAGGCUCUCAUAUAACUACAUCUUCGACCGUUUCGUGUCGCUUAGCAAAUUAUCUUUUAUGUUCUCCAAUCGUUCCCCAACCCAAAGAUACCGUAGAAUGUAUUCCCUUUAUUGAGUACAUCGGCUCCGAUAGGUCCGUGUCUGCCCCACUCCGCAAUUCUAUUCUUCUGUUCCAGCCUCAGCAUCAGGAUCCAACAGCGAAAAUGGAUUUACCAGCGCCAAACCAGGCCAUGAGCGAUAACAUGCCUCCAGUGGAAGGUGCUAGUGCUGGCUCCGCCGUUCGUGGCCUCGAGGACAGCUUCUCGAUCGGCGCACGAGCCUCUACAUCGCCAAAUCCGCAAUCAGAUGAGUCGUACAGCCAGAAAUCUAUCCACCAGCGCAACCAGGGUCCUCGUCCCACCUCAGAGCGUCGAACAACUGCUGGAGACGCUGUCAGUCAAGCAAAACUUUGCAAGAAGGUCAGUUCCUUUGUAUACUCCUACUUACCUCCCCCUACCUCACAUCUCAACGGUUCUUUCUUUCUGGGCAGGGUCUCCUUGCUUUUAGGACUCAUUCCUGUUUCUGUGUUUGGCCAAAUGCAUUCUACCGAAUCCUCCACAAAUUUCCUAACCAGUCGCGCUUUUGUCGUCUGGUGCAUGUGGUCGUGCAGUGAACUCCUGAGCUUCUUCGGACCCUCUUCCAAUCGAAUCGAAAUGCCUUGAUACUGACUGUGAACUGCCCCAGAAUGCUUCUCCUUAUGGGGUUUUACACCAUGAAGAAAAUCCAUUAUCAGACACUUUACGGACAAUUACUCGUUUUCAUAGAUCCCCGAAAUUAUUCGUUUGCCUGUUUUUUGGUUCUCUGUUACGCGUCCUCGAAACCUGCCUGAAUUCGCGUCUGGCCCUAUCUCUUUAGAGUCCUAGUGAACAUGUUUUUCGUCGGUCUGGGAAUUUGGUGAACCUAUUUCAGUCAACCAGGAGCACUUACAGUUAAACCAAAGCUUCUAAAGUAUGCAUGCAGUAUGUACAUAAAGCUUCCUUCAGAGUCAAGAGCUCUGUCAGCGUCAGUGAUGACUUUGUACACUACCGGCGCCCUCCUGCUCUCCUAACUAUUCGAUUUUUCCGUUUCUCGACCACCCAAAGUUUGUACGCCAUGACGCAUAUAAUUGUAUGAAAAGACUUGCAUCCAAAUUCUGUCGUGCAUGAGUAGAGAUAAAGCUUUUUUUCUUGCUGACCACUGCCAUACGCUUACUGUGAUCCUUUCAGGUAGAAUGCAUGUCUUUUUCAUUUCCUCCCGUACUUACUGUGCAAACUCAUCUGACAGCCCACAUUACUUCAACUAUGGUACCUAUAUGAGCCUUCAUAAUGUCUUUUUUUAUGCAACACUGCAUCCGGGAUUCUUAAGUUUUGGCACUCACUGGACGCUUAUUAAGAUGCAUAUUCUCUUGUACACACAAAUGACCUUAUGUGACCGACAAAAAUACAUUCUGAGCGACUGAUCUAAACUCCCAACCUCCAUUUCACGCCAGAAAGAUUCCACCGUCCAGUUUUCGUGCACGUAUUCACUAAAUCAGCAAAACACAUGUCUGGGCUUUUAGCAAGUAUCUGUGUCGGGAGUACAGUAUAAUACCUUUACCAUAUGGAAUUCAUACUACUCGUAGUACUACUUGUUUGUAGAAUGGGCAUUACGUGGUUAUUCCACAUUAGUUGAUUGUCUUCGACUCGAAUGUUGAUUGAAAUUUCGGUUCUGACCCUAAAAAGUCAUGUCCCGGACAGUAACUCCGAGUCGUGCACUGAGUAAUUUCUGAAAUUAUACACUUGAGUAUUCACUUAAUGUAUGCGGAUUGCAUCAUUGCUUUGAACCCUUUGUCAAUGGAACAGCCUUAUCUCCCUGCAUCCAUUCCACGAUGAAGAACUGCGCACAUGGUAGAUACCAGUUCUAAUCAUGAUGAUCUUUGUCCUAAAACCAUUUUCCUCUGUGCUUAUUCCUUUCGCAGCCUGACAUCCUCGAAGCAUCUUCAACUGACACACAGGAGAAGGAGGCUGGCGUUGAAAGCACAGAUGCUGUCCAGCACAUUGAGGAACCGGAUAGCAGCACAGCCAUGACUGCCUUUGAUGCUGCAACCGACGCGCAGAAAGAAGCCGCUGGCGGCGAACCGUCCAUUGCCUCCCCCGAGGCGGAACAGCCAACAACACCUGGACUCGAUACCGAAUCCGUUCUGCCACGUCAAGUACCUGAGGAGGAACCGAUGAUCAAAGUAAGGGGGAAUAUGCGGUUUCCUUUGCAGCAUUUUUUGAUCAUGUCUUAUAAUUAGCGUAGGACAUGCUAUGUUCAUGCAAAUUUAAUCGUACGUUGUUUAUUUUAUUUCCUUUGGAAGCCCCUCCCACCGUCAUUCAGCGACUCGGGACUGUCCAAUCAGCAGCGUGAAAAUGAUAGCUCAGCAGCCCCAGGUGCUGAUGUACGGACGCUGCCAAAACCAGAUAUGGAGUUAAGGCAGACGCUGGGUGCUCAAAGGCCGCCUGAGUCGAAGCAUUUCUUGAAUGUAAGUUCACUUUCUACUGAAUUCUACCUUGCCUCGCGCAUCUGCACUACCACACAUCACUUAUGCAUAUGCGUGUGUGUUAUGGACUUUCUGGAUACGUCCACUUCCCCGCCCUGACACCCAGCUCCCAUCUACGGCUGCAUAAAGUUGUACUCUGCAGAGCGGUCAUACCCCUGCUAUCCUUGACAGAUGGGCUGAAUCAGAUCAGGGUUGUUCAGUAUUUGCGUGUCCCACAGCUAACAAUCCCUUCCCUGAUUCUCCAAAACGGAGGGGAUGACACAUAGCUAGCUCUAGCUAGUUUGCGUCGCCUUCGCACUACAUCGAGAUUGUGACCCGCAGUGUUAUUCGGCCACCGCCCAGGAACAGUGCAUACCCACUCGCAGAGUAAGAUACUGAAAAAGAUGCCCUAAAAUGCUGGCCAUGGCGCAAUGACGCCAAAUCCUCCUGUUGAGCACGUUGUACUCACGACUCAGCGGAUAAUAUUACGAAUGCGAUCCCAUUAGUGAUGUCCACCAGCCUGAUUGCGAAUGACAGAACAGGUAAUAUUCGGCAAGCCGACGACCUGAUCAUAUAACGCGUGUCCGUCUCGGUUACGUUAAAACAACUGGCACAUUUAGGGAAAAGCGGCCAAACUGUUAAAUGCAAGUUAAUCUGACACCUCGGCACACUCCGUCCUUUGCCUCAGAGCCUGUCAUACUAACUGCUCAUAUUGGCAGCCUGAGGUGUUCGUCUCCCUUUUGAUAGCUCAUUGGCUAACGAACCAGAAUGGCGGACAGCCCUGAUUGGCUCUCCACAAGUGGACAUCGCGUCUCUCGGUGAGGCCCACUCCUCCAGCAACAGCAACCGAAUGAAGUAGGUGGAGGUGGUACAGCUUUCGUUCGAGCAAACGUACGGAGGAGCGAGGUGACGCUGGAGUCGCCUUUGCCAUUAAGGCGGACGUAGGACAGUUAUUCUGCCCUCAUCUGAAGCGGGCACGCAGCGAAGCGUGGGCCUGUUUUCUACCGUUUGCUUGAACUUCAGACCGACCAUUAACAUGGAGAAGACAGCACUAAUAUAUAUGCCAGCCGGCAUUAUUUGAUCGCUAUAACGAUUCCAUAGCGCGUGUCAAUGGGGCUCGUCUCAAAACUGUAGACACGAUCGCAAACCUUUUGAGUAAUAUCUAAAAGCACACUGAAAUCGAGGACGGAAUCGCAACGUUAGCCAGAUCUUUGGCAGACUACAAGAGUCGGUCCAGGAUUGUCACGACAUGCUCCCCAACAAGAAACUGAAGACGUGCAGAAAUGUCGACCUGCCUACGCUCCUGUGCGGGACGACCACGUAAGCCUUAAAUAGAAGCCAAGCAAAAAAUCCAACCACUCUCACCCAAGUUGCCCUUGUAGGAAACUGAGGUUGAAGUGGGUAGACGCGAUCCCGAGCACUGAGAUUGUGGAAAUAACGGACGUGUUGGGCAUAUCCGCUAUGCUGUAGCAGGUGCAGCUGUAAGAGCGACAGCGCCGUGAAGAUGGCUGCCGGACGCCUCCGCAACGAAUAGUCUGCUGCGGCAACAUAAUAGUGGGUGCUCGCAGGCAAAGAGAGUGAUAGGUACGAUACAAAAGCAUUCAACUACCCUUCCCGACAACUUACCUACGGAACGUGGGAAGGCCUUGUAGGAAAUAGUGGGCUUGACGCACCGCUGUCAGCACCCAAUGCUUGCCUACGUGUCCGCAUUGUAAAUUUAUACCGAAUUCACAGACUGCAUAUUUUCGGACCAACUGCAAUGUCACCGAGACCAACCCACUUUCCACACCACCACGGGUAUCAUCUCUGGAGACCCCCCUCACCUGUUAGUAUAUCACGUUCCAGUUCUGUUUUGUCCUGAUCAAGCAUUCUUCACCCACCGCAAUAGGUGAGCUGCCAGGACAAAAGGAAUCCACAGUAACUCACGGCUAGCAGUACUGUUACAGUGCCAACAGGUCCCACUGUGACCCCGCCCUCGAUGCACGCAUCGGUCUGGUCAGCCACCUACGAAUGACUGUCGACUUUAACGAUGUCCACCGUGUGCUCCACGGCAGGGUGGGAGCAAGAGCGGUGACUUGCGUAGCAUCUACAGCGCCCCUACCUCGCCCACCCGGAUCCGGUGUCAUGACCAAGUCAAGAAGAGCGGACGCCGCAAGUGGCCGGCACCUCGUAAAUCCGCACCUAGGCGCACCACCAAACCCCUUGGUCCAAAGCAAACACUUAAUCCGGAUUUUAAACAACAAAUAUGGGAGACGACAGGAAUCUCAAUCGGCGCAGCGUGUGCCUGCCACCGCACACCGAAUGUUGACAUUUGUCAGGGGUGCGUAUUCUCGAUAACGCCUGCCAGACUUCGUGUUGUUACAAUGCAUCUACCGCGGGGCCCGUCUGAGCGGCACCUGCGAAUACAUUAUAAAACACUCGGAGCAGCAAUGUUGUGAGUCACUAAAAACGACCCGCCUAUCCUGUCUUCGGACAUUCAGGCCCUACACGAGCCUUUCGGUCAAAGAUGCAUAGGUUUUUCUCGUGCCCGAGGACUGCCAUUUAGGCCUCUGCGUCUUUUAUGUUAAGCCGUACAUGACACACUCACAACUUUAGAAGGCAUUUUGCAGCACGCACCUUCGGUCGUCUUGACUUUGCACUGCUGUCCGCACACACUAGGUAGUGAGGAGGUAGUGAAAUGGGCACAGCGAAAUUUGCUUCAAAGUUGCAUGUUUGUACUCUAGUCACUUCAAAAGAAAAGGAGGCGUUCACCGGGAGAGGUCUAUUGGAGGUCUGACGUUUCGAGUAGUCGUUUUUUCUACCCAUCUUCAGAGACUGGGAAGUCUUGCACACAGCUUGCCUUAUAAUGGCGCACUUUGUUUGAUGCCUGGCCAACGAAUGCCCCUGUGUGACUGCAUUCGACCCGCAUGUCACCGUGACCCGAAUUGCCCUCCCCCUCGUCGGCCGCGGAUACAGUUGACGGCGCCAAUUGGCCCGCGCCGUGACUGCCCCCGUCAAGAAUGUCCGUUGAAACCAGAUGGGGGGAGGCAAAUUGGUGUGGCGGUUGACAGAGCAGUCGGCAGACAUCCAGGCUUCGUGUACCUGCCUUGCCGUAUGAUCAUCACCCCGGCCCACAGUCUUAACGGCGUCAAAGCUGAAGGUGUGGGCCAUUUGCGCGGCAUGGGUUGCUACCUCCGACUUUGGGUCCAACCUUCGCACGGCCAACUUGUGCUCGUGUAUGCGCGUUUGCAGUCGUCGGCCGGUUUCCCCAACGUAGUUUCAAAUUCCGCAGCUACACUGAAGUCGGUAGACAACGGCCGACAUCUGCUUAGGGAUCGGGUCUUUUGGCCGCAUCACUUGCCGGUGGAUUGUUGAGUCGGGCCUGUGAGCAACGCCUAUUCCCUAGUCAUCGCUAAGGGGCCUCCUACUCAUUUAGGACGGUUGUACUAUCGUUUUCGCGCUAGAGUUUGUUAUGAGUUUAUAUGCAUUUGCCGUACUUUGUGCGCUCCCUUUAGACCUUGGAUCUGCCCGAGGUGGUGGAGCCCCUGCCAUCACUCCAGCCUCAGGCCCGCACAACUCACAUUGACGCAGAGGCUCUUGCGUCCUCGGCUCUCGACUGGCAUGCUUGCCUUUCUCGCUCCUCCCUUUCUUCGGUGCAGCUGUGUGAAGCCCUCCGACUGGUUCUGGAGCCGACGCACGCCUCCCGCAUGAAGGGCGACUUCAGAACUGGCAAGCGACUGAACAUGCGCAAGGUUAGUUUUCCCAUUCCGUCAUCCAAGCCGCCCACUCCCCGCCGGUUAUGCUCUCUGCGCCUUUAAUCCGCGCAUGAAAUUCUGCCUUUCCGCAUUCACAGAUCAUACCCUAUCUUGCAAGUCACUUCCGCAAGGACAAAAUCUGGAUGCGUAGAACACAGCCUAAUCAGCGCGACUACCGUAUCCUCAUCGCGGUUGACGAUUCGUCCUCGAUGGCGGACAACUUGUGUCGACAGGUACGCUGUUCGUUCGCCUUCCAUCCAUUUUUUAUCGUUUACUUACCUGACGGCUGCCGUUCUCUGGUCGACUAAAAUGAGGUCCCUAGUGCGCAAUCUGAGCACUAGGGAGAUACAGUAACAAAAAGGUAAUGCCUCCCCUAAUCGGUAAAUUGUUUCAUUUUGGGAUGGCAUAUAUGACAAGCUAACGGAAGAACUGAAGUGCUCAUCUCCCCCCCCCCAAAAAAAAAGAUUGCGUAGUAAUUUCAUCGAAAGUACUAUCAAUAUAUUACCCGGAGUCUACUUCUUCAGUAGCUUGACAGGAUUGUGGGACGCUUUGACUAGUCUAGUAUUUAGUCUGUGCCGAACCCCUUGCUGCAACAUAGACUGAAAUCACAGGGGUGGCAUACGUAGACAAGGACACUCAAAGUGGUCUGGCCUGAAACCAGCGGAUUUUUCCCGAGUAUAAUCGUCAAAUUUAAUCGGCAGGGUCGUUAACAACAAGGCGACGUCCCUUGCAUGACUUUUUUCAUUCCAGAUUUCACCUAUUUCAGCUUCUGAAUUUUGAAGGUGUCUUCUGUUGUUCUGUUUGCUCUUUUGACCUGUACUUCUUUAUGUUUGCCUACAAACUCACCUCACUCUCAUCUUGGAUACUUUACUUCAGAUGACAUUUGAGGCCCUGGCAACUGUUGUAAGUGCUCUCCAUCUCCUAGAAGCCGGAAAAAUCGGGGUCUGCAGGUAA